AUGUCUCCACCGAGAGUGAGGAAAAGACGCUUGAGCCUGAAGGUUACAACGCCAGCGAGAUCAUCACUCCAAACACCUCCCAGUGAUCGGGUUGCGGUGAUCUAUGCUUCAGAGAUCAACAGUCGCAAAACUUCAAUUCCGGGACCGGAUAAACAGGAACCACCUUCGCCCAGUCCUGCACUUCCUUCACGACUUCAAAGAAAGAAACCUAAGAUUACUCUCAAUGUUGGAGCCACUACCGUGAAGCCUCGAUCGCCACCAGGCAGGCGUAAGUCAAUUGAUGGGAGAGCACACCUCUAUGAGGUGGUUGCCGCUGACUUGUACCGUCGGGAAAGAAAGUUACGCGAACAAGAAAUCAUAGUCAAAGAACGUGAAGCCAUCGCUUUACAACGGGAAAAUGAAGUACACUUUCGUGAAAUACAAGCGCUCAAUAGUUGGCAUUGUGGAAUUGAAUUAGCGCCUACGUCGAGGUAUGAGUAUGAUGUGAACUCAAGAUCAAUUGUACUCCACCCAGCGAAGCCUGGUCGCCAUUACGAACGGUGGUGGGGACAGAGACCCAAAACAAUGGACUAUGAAUGUUUGGGUGGGACAGGGAAGCAGUACAAAGAGUAUGACCGAGCGCUCUUUGAGCGGGAACUGGUGGUCCAUCAUUGCGAACUCAAUGUCGUGAGACGCGAGUGGGAACUUGUAAGACGAGAAGCUGCUUGUUCAACACACGAGUUGAAGGUUCUCCAAGGACUCAAUGCUUCCUUGAAAUCUCACCCUCCAUCACCUAAUAACUUAUUUCCUGACCACACUCGUGUGUUCCCGUUAAUAUACCCUCAACCAUGUCACCCAGAGUUCACUACGAAGUCUCCCGACGUGCAAUUCAAUGAGAAACAUCGAAAAUUUACUCAAUCAGGAUUCCCUUUAAUAUUUUCUCGUGAUAAUACUACGAGUGGAUACGUUUUCCUUGAUUGGCAGAGACUUUCACAUCAAGUACUGUCGCUUCCUCACGAGUUUCCCCACCCCACUUACUCUGGAUACCCCAUUCCUCAUCAGAUUAUUGGGUACGUGAAGAUGGUAUUGACUCUUGCAGGUAUUCCUUACAGCAACAUUGCCAACGAUGCCAACAACAAUGUUGUGGGAUUUGCGUGCAAUGGAGGAACCAAGAAGGAGAGCAGUUGCGAAUUUGGAUGUGAGAUCGAAUUCGAUUGGGGUACCUGGGACUACCGAGUCAAGCGGUAUAAUUUCGACCACCUGAAGGGCUGUCUCCUUGUGCCUCAAAUGGAGGGCAUUCCCGAUAUCUCACAAUGCCAUCCUAAUGCUAAAGACAUCCCACCGGACAGUUUCACCGACGAACUCGUUGACAUUAGUGGAGACUACCUCACCUACAUGUCGUGUCUCCCUCCGAUGACGGGCGAAGACUUUCAAGCUCACCUUAAAACGUACUUUGCCGAAGUAAAAUACCCUCAAGCGGCACGGUGCCUUGUGCUGCGCAAAUGGCUGAAAUAA